AUGCGCUGGACAGAAGCGGCACAGCUAGAAGUAAUAUUCGACGAGGUUCCUACAAAGAACUCGUCGCAUUAUCUUCUUGAAGCCUAUCCCAACGUCCCCUUGGAUCUUCCCUUCUUGCGCAUGACUAUGACAUUGCUAACACUUCCUCCCAUACCAAAGCUAAAUAGCGAAUUUGUCACCGAUGGAGUCGAUACCGCCAUUCUGACCCAGAGUCUAACCCCGACUCUUAAGUGUGCGUCGCGAAUGGACGCGGAAGCGCUGAACUGCACCUUCAAGGAAAACUGCGUCUGCACUCCCGCGGAAUUUAAGGUAAUAUGCGAAUGCGAGGAUCCCGACAUUGCCAAAGAAUUUGAUCAGAUUCAGCAAAAAUUACCCAUUAAAACUGCUUACUGGGAAUUAUCCAAACCAAAAGAAGCCCCGCUAACAGCAAAAAUACCCCAAAUGGUUUCUUCGGAAAUCGUGAUCAACUUCCACACCAAUAUGGAUGCCGCGCAUUUAGAAAUCAGUAAUCAUAAUUGUAUCGUGGCGGAUGCCCCAUUAAAAGGGUGCUAUAACUGUCCAAAAGGCGCAGUGGCAAUUGUGCGCUGCAUUGCUGAAGAAGACACCUUUGGAGAAAUUCUUUGUGCGCAUCAUUCGUUUGUGGUAUCGUGCGCCCCCGAAGGACCUGAAACAACUCUACACUUCCACUUGGACUCAGCACGCCACCUUUUUGAAUGCACAAUAACAUGUGGCCAGGUAAAGAACACCUUUAGGAACAUGGAACCCAUGCACAAUGAACGUACACUAGAAGAACAGCUGCGCGAUCUCCUAGAAGCACUGCCGCCUCUCCCGAGUAAAGAAGAUCUUCAUGAAGCGAUCUUUCGGCAUGCUCUUGAACUACGUGAUUGUAUCUCUGCUGUUGAUACACUAGAGACGCGCUUGAAAGCUCUUCGUUCCUUACAGGCAUCUCUCUCUGAUAGGAAGCACGAAGCGCAAUACCUUGAUUUAUAUGCUGAUUAUUUGCGUGCGAGGAAUUUCCUGACGGAAGAGCUAGAAAACGAGACCGUCUUCGAAAAGGAAAUCCGCGCCGCAAUAGAACGUCUGCAGCAAAUCGUGAUCGAUACUCGAGAAGAAGUUCUCCAUAAGAUCUCUGAGCAGCGAGACAGCUCGCGGGCGGAGAGCCCCGAAGGCCUCGAGCAUAGGGAGCUGCGCAUUAUAAAAGAGAACUCUGAGUUCGCUGAGGGGAUCAAGGAAGAGGAAGAUGCGCAAAUGGACCCCGAAGAAGAAGAAGUCCCUCCACCAGAACUAGCGGAGGAUGAGGAGUCCGGCGAGGAAGAUGACGGUGAUAGGCAGGGAAGCCCACCAGCUCAGGAGGAAAGGCACGUAGCCGACAAUAACGUGCAACUUGGCGCCGAAGAGCCGGAAGAAGAAGAGCCCGAGGCUGUGGAGCCCCCGAGGUCCGAUUGCGCAGAAUCGAGAAUGAAAUCAGAAGCGCGCAGCAGGCCCUCUUCAACUUGGAUGACAUACUAA